GGGGCGCCACCAUGAGCCCCGAAUAUUUGAAAAGAAGCCCCAAAGAUCAACCAACAACCAGACUGGAAACUUCCCCGUCCUCUCUCUCUCCCCCUCCGACGCGCAUGCUCAAACUCUCCGUGCUGACGGAGGACAGAGGGAAGAUAUCAGAGUUCAGACCCUGGCUGAGAAUGAUUAACAAGGCGUCUGGAUUGUUACAAUCAUCAUGUGAGUAAAUAACAAAGAGCAGCGAAAGUUCAGUUACUGUUCCUGCUGAGGCAGCGUUUCUUCAUCACGAUCAUUGGCGCUAACAUUAAACUCACAGUUCUGUGAUUAUUUUCCUUUUUUCAGGCAGACAGCUGCAGGAGCUGGAGAGAGACAGAGGAAGAGGAGAUCAGCAGACGAUGAUGAGAGGUUGGUCAGAAGGAUGAAGCAGAACAAGAGCUCGCCAAAAUUAUUUGAAUUCAUGAUUUCUGCUUUGUGUACAUAAAGUGUGUGCUAAUCAGGGCACCGGAGGGCGGGAUCAGAAACAGAAAGAGGAAGAGAGAAGAAUCACUUCCUGUUUCUCCGAGCACAGCAGCUCAAAAGGAAAGAGAGAAACUCUGAGGAAGCCGACAGAAACGUCUGAUGUUUUUCUCAUGAGCCGGGCUGUCAGGAUCACUGAAGGUGAGGAGGAAAAUAAAAUCACUUUGUGUUGUUCUCUUUUCCUGGUUUUAAUUCUUUUCUUCUUAAGUCAGAGCAGCCGGGUGGAGCAGAGCAGCAUGGAAAACCAGAGCGGUCAAAAUGUGGCUCCAGUACCACCACAGACUGGCCAGUCUGCUCCGACCCAGACAGCCAAAGGUCCUCCCAAAGAUAAAGAUUACAUCCAAAAAUGCCAAUCUUCCCUGAAGUCUUUCCUCAAAGAGAAAACAGAGAAUUUGUUUCAGGGCCCAGCGGAUGUUGGAUCAUCAACUCCUUUAGACAAGAUCUAUACGGAGCUCUACAUCACCAAAGGAGGCAGUGGGGAGGUCAACACUGAACAUGAAGUGACUGAAUUAGAGUGCAGAAGGUGUCAGAGUGAGGAGACAAAAAUUAACCUCAAUGACAUUUUCAAACCUUUAUCGAAUGAAGACAACCCACCUCGGAGAGUUCUGACCAAGGGAAUAGCUGGGAUCGGAAAAACAGUCUCUGUUCUGAAGUUCACUCGGGACUGGGCGAGAGGGGACACCAACCAAACCUUUGAGUUUUUAUUUCCAAUCACAUUUAGAGAGCUGAACUUAAUCAAAGAUAAGAGAUUGAGUCUCAUGGAGUUGAUCACCUACUAUUUUAUAGAAGUGAAGGAUUUGGAGGCCUCAGAUUACGAUAAUUUAAGGGUGUUGUUCAUCUUUGACGGCCUGGAUGAAAGCAAAUUGGAUUUCAAGGAAAACAAGGUGUUCCGCAGCGUCACGGAGCCUAACACAGUGGACGUCCUGCUAACCAACUUAAUCACUGGGAAACUAAUGUGCAAUGCCUCGGUCUGGAUCACAAGUCGGCCAGCAGCAUCCAUGAAGAUUCCCCUCAGGUACAUCGACGUGGUGACCGAGGUCCGCGGCUUUAAUGACGAGCAGAAAGAGGAGUACUUUCAGAGGAAAGUGACCGACAAGGUUAUGGCUCAGAAGAUCUUCCAGCAUCUCCAGUCCAAGCCCCUGAGAAGUCUCUUCAUCAUGUGCCACAUCCCCGUCUUCUCUUGGAUUUCUGCCACGGUUCUCCAGAACCUUCUGACAGAAAGUCACGAAGGUGAGCUUCCCAAGACAGUGACUGAGAUGUACACACACUUCCUGAUAGUCCUGAUGAAGAUGGCACAAGAGAAGGACUACCAGGACAGAGAACCAGACAGAGUGCUGAUUAUGAAACUAGGAAAUCUGGCUUUUAGGCAGCUGAAGAACGGCAACGUGAUCUUUGAUGAAGAUGCCCUAAGAGACUGUGAGAUUGACCUGAUCGAAGCCGCCGUUCAUUCAGGACUUUGUACGCAGAUCAUCAAAAAAGAGCGUGGCCUUCACAAACAUGAGAUGUAUUGUUUUAUACAUUUGAGCGUUCAGGAAUUUCUUGCAGCCCUGUACGUCUUAGAGACCUUCAUCGAUCGUGGAAAAAACCUACUUCCCAGUCAGACAGGCAUGAAAAUGCCAGGAAAACUUCAGUCAAUCAUCUUCCUCCACAGGGAUGCUGUAGAUAUGGCUUUGGCCAGCGACUAUGGACAGUGGGACUUGUUCCUGCGCUUCCUGCUGGGUUUAUCCCAGGAUGAAAACCAGAGGCUCAUUCAGAAAGUAUUUGGAUUCAAGGCAGGAUGUCUGCUGAGCAACAAGGAGGUGAUUAGCUACAUUCACAAGAAGAUUAAGAAGCAGACUUAUACCGAACAUAAUAUCAAUCUGUUCCACUGUCUGAGCGAGCUGGGGGACCAUUCUCUGGUAGAUCAAGUCCUGAAGUACCAGAGCUCAGGUCAUGUUAGUAAGAUCCUACCUGCACACUGGUCAGCCUUGGCCUAUAACCUGCUCAUUUCCAAUGAAGACCUGGAUCUCUUUGACUUGAGGAAGUUGUGUAAAUCAGAAGACGCUCUGGAGAGGCUGCUGCCUGUGGUCAAAGUCUCAAAGACGGCUUUGCUGACUGACUGUGGGCUCACUGACAGAGGCUGUAGCUACAUGUCAUCUGUUCUCAGCUCUAAGUCGUCUGGUCUGGAGAUAUUGGACCUGAGCAUAAAUGAUCUUGGUGACUCUGGAAUGAGACAGCUUUCUGACGGCCUGAAGAGUCCCAACUGCAAACUCCAGAGGCUCAUUUUAAAUGAAUGUAACAUCACCAUGGAGGGAUGUCGGUCUCUGGCUGAAGCUUUGACUUCAAACCCCUCACAUAUCAGAGAGCUGGAUCUCAGCAGGAAUAAAUUCCAGGACGAAGGACUGCAGCCACUUCUAGGAAUUCUUGACAGAUGCUUUUUGGAAACUCUGAGGCUGGCUGGUUGUCGGUUUUCAGAAGUCGGCUGUGCUGCACUCGCUUCCUCUCUGAGAUCAAAUCCCACCCACCUCAAAGUCCUGGAUCUGGACAGGAAUCAGCUCAAAGACAACGGGUUCCACAGCCUUUCUGAGUUUUUGACUGACUCGCUUUGUGGACUGGAGAGCCUGAGUUUGAAAGCCUGCAUGCUUACAGAACUCAGCUGCUCUUAUCUGGGCCAAAUCUGCUGCCCAGCGCUCAAGGAGCAGGACCUGAGCUUCAACCAGCUGGGGGAGGUGGGGGUGAAGCAUCUUUGUGAAUGGCUGGGUAAACCUCAGUGCUGUCUGGAGAUCCUGAGGUUGUCUGGGCUGUCAGAUGGAAGCUGUAAGGAUCUGGCUCUGGCUCUGACUCUGAAGAAGACUCCACACCUCAGAGAGCUGCACCUGAAGAAGACUAAAAAAGGGGGGCCUGGUCUGGAGCAUUUGUUUAACCUAGAGAAGGAUGGUCAAAACAGACUGCAGACUCUGACAGUCACAGACUGAUCAGAUAAUCAGCCACAAGAACCAGGACCAAGAGACUCCGUUUACAAAGACCCACUACCUACUACUAUAGAGCUGUUUGGAUUUUUUCUGGCUUUUCUAAAGGAGGCGGGGGGUUAUGGAUCUGCUACACUGCUACAGUUUCUCUGUAAGCCUUCAUCCAUUACACACAGAACAACAGUCUUCUCCUCUGUGUUUGCUCUGACGCCACCUUGUGGCAAAAGUCAUGCAGCACAUCUUUCUCUUCACAGGUUAACAACAGCUGCAGAAAUAAUAAUCCAGUUUAGAAAAAUACAUCAACAUUGGCAGUAAAGAGGCUAACAUAGUCAGCAGAGUACAGAAAAACGAUGUAGGGAGGGGCUACAUGUGAUCCUAGGGCCGGGCAGUCUGGUUUAAAAAUUAAAUCUGACUUUAAAAUGAAAAAUAAACUAUUCAAACAGGUUUACUUUCAUUUUAUCAAUAGGAUGUGUCAAAAGUAAAGAGAAUUUUCCUCCACAGUGAUACUCAACAUGUGGCUCUUUUAUGUCUUCAUUUUAAAUACUAUUCCCUC